AUGUCGACCCUCGAAGAGCUCGAUGACCUCGACCGCCGGGAGAAGGAGGAGAAGAGAAGAGGAAACAAUGGCAAGAAGGCCACCGUUACCGAUGGGGACGACGAGAUGAAGGAUGCGGAGGAGAAGGACGACAUUCUCGAUGACGAAAUCCUCAGCCUGAGCACACAAGACAUCCAGACCCGAAAGCGAUUACUCGAAAACGACUCUCGGAUCAUGAAGAGCGAGCUUUCGAGGUUAACACAUGAGAAGGCUGCCAUGGGCGAGAAGAUCAAGGAGAAUAUGGAUAAGAUCGCAAACAACAGGCAACUUCCUUAUCUCGUAGGAAAUGUUGUCGAGCUGCUAGACCUAGAUCCCACUGCGGAAUCUUCUGAGGAGGGUGCCAACAUCGAUCUCGAUGCCACACGAGUGGGCAAGUCAGCCGUCAUCAAGACCUCCACGAGACAGACCAUCUUCCUGCCGCUGAUCGGUCUCGUUGACUCGGAUAAGCUCAAACCUGGUGACCUGAUUGGUGUAAACAAAGACUCAUACCUCGUUUUGGACACACUGCCCGCCGAGUAUGACAGCCGAGUCAAGGCUAUGGAGGUUGACGAGAAGCCAACAGAGCAGUACACCGAUGUUGGAGGUCUGGACAAGCAGAUUGAGGAGCUGGUGGAAGCUAUUGUCUGGCCCAUGAAGGAAGCAGAACGGUUCAAGAAGAUUGGCAUCAAGGCGCCCAAAGGCGCUCUGAUGUACGGCCCCCCCGGUACCGGAAAGACUCUAAUGGCCAGAGCCUGCGCUGCUCAGACAGAGGCAACGUUUCUCAAGCUUGCAGGACCUCAGCUUGUGCAAAUGUUCAUUGGAGAUGGUGCUAAGCUUGUUCGCGACUGUUUUGCCCUAGCAAAGGAAAAGGCCCCCGCAAUCAUCUUCAUCGACGAGCUUGAUGCUGUCGGUACCAAGCGAUUCGACAGCGAGAAGAGCGGUGAUCGAGAAGUCCAGCGAACCAUGUUGGAGCUGCUUAACCAGCUUGAUGGUUUCGCAUCCGACGACCGCAUCAAGGUUUUGGCUGCCACCAACCGAGUCGACGUGCUCGACCCUGCACUGCUACGAUCUGGCCGUCUGGACCGAAAGAUUGAGUUUCCCCUGCCGAACGAGGAGGCCCGAGCACAAAUUCUCAAGAUUCACUCACGCAAGAUGAAGGUUGACCCCGGAGUCAACUGGGGCGAACUGGCCCGAAGCACGGAUGAGUUUGGUGGCGCCAUGUUGAAGGCCGUCUGUGUCGAGGCCGGCAUGAUUGCCCUGCGAUCAGGGAAGAACCAGAUUGGCCACGAGCACUACGUUGACGCCAUUGCCGAGGUGCAGGCCAAGAAGAAGGAUACUGUCAACUUUUACGCAUAA